CUCUUCACCCACAGCUUAGAUCUCUUCCUUUCUCCUUUUCAGUUUUAGCAAAAGGGAACACAUGGCCAAGGAUAUCGAGACGACGGCGGAGCAAGGCGGAGGCGAGUUUUCUGCCAAGGACUACCACGAUCCUCCGCCGGCACCACUGAUCGACUUCGACGAGCUCACCAAAUGGUCGUUUUAUAGGGCUUGUAUAGCCGAGUUCAUUGCCACUCUUCUUUUCUUGUAUGUCACGGUGUUGACCGUGAUCGGCCACAAAGUCCAAACCGACCCGGCCAAGAACACCGUUGACCCGGACUGCGGUAGCGUCGGCAUUCUCGGUAUUGCUUGGGCUUUCGGUGGCAUGAUCUUCAUCCUCGUUUACUGCACCGCCGGUAUCUCAGGAGGACACAUCAACCCGGCGGUGACGCUUGGACUUUUCUUGGGGCGUAAGGUAUCACUGAUCCGAGCCAUCAUGUACAUGGUGGCUCAGUGCUUGGGUGCAAUCUGCGGCUGUGGGUUGGUCAAGGCUUUCCAAAAGACUUACUACAACAGCUACGGCGGCGGUGCCAACGAACUCCAACCGGGCUUCAACAAGGGCACCGGCUUGGGCGCUGAAAUCAUCGGCACCUUCGUUCUCGUCUACACAGUCUUCUCGGCCACCGAUCCCAAGAGGAGCGCCAGGGACUCCCAUGUUCCUGUGUUGGCACCGCUCCCCAUUGGAUUCGCCGUGUUCAUGGUUCACCUUGCCACAAUCCCGAUCACCGGAACCGGCAUCAACCCUGCAAGGAGCUUUGGAGCUGCUGUGAUUUACAACAAAGAAAAGGCUUGGGACGAUCAAUGGAUGUUCUGGGUUGGACCCUUCAUCGGAGCUGCCAUUGCUGCCUUCUACCACCAAUUCAUCCUAAGAGCAGCAGCCAUUAAAGCCCUCGGAUCUUUCAGGAGCAAUGCUUAAUUUCACUUCCAUUUUCAUAGCUAAUCACAGCAACAACAAAUGUUCAUCAAUUAUGGGGAUGCAAAAAUGAAUGCAAAUUAGUGCAUGUUUGUGUGGGGGAGGUGAAGUGUAAAUAAGAAAAAAAUAUUCUAUGGAUAAGGGUGUCUUUUUAAUCCCUGUUUGUAUUUUUAUUUUUGUUGCUUUUUGAUGUAUUUUGUAAUGAUUGUCAUCUUUGUUUUUAAUCUUAUCAUCUCCACCCCCUCUCCCAAAACAAAAAUGUUGUGUAUUUCCUAAAAUUAUUGUAAGUAUCAACCACUAUCUUUUUAAUUAA